CUGAGCGGGUUGUUACGACGCGGGGCGCUCGCAGCUUUACGGCAGCGCGCAGCAACCGGCCGGUGCCGGUGUCGCGGAGGGCCGGCGUGCUGGCUAUGAGGCGGCAGGUAUUACAAAACACCAGCUUUGCCUUGCAUCCCGGACACGAAGGAUCCCGUCAGUUUGUGGAUCAAACUUGCGCUAGUGACAACGGCUUAUUUGUUAAAUUGUUAUAACUUAGAGAUGAGAGAAACUUGACUUCUUGCCAUAUUCAUGCGAGACGGCACCGUUUUAAAAUCUAUAAAUGAAAUGGGCGGUUUCAUCUUGGUCGGCUUGAUGACAUUUUUAUUGAAUUGCUCCUUUUUGUCUCCCUGGUGUUCUCAGCGCUUGAAACGGGGCAGAUGAAUAUCCCUCGGAGAAGCUGAGGAUUGCAGAGGGUUUGCACAAAUUCCCACUACUAAUAUGCAAAUAAAAUGAACGAGCAAGACUCUUCUUGGCAACCUACAGCACAUGUUCCAGGCCUGCGUCAGUAUUUAUUCUUAUUUGUUUGAAAACUUCUGAACAGAGUGUGCCUGAGCCUUCAGGAAGCAAAUCCUGGCUGUGUCUGAGCAGAGCUGUGUGUGAGCUGCGGCUGGAUUUCAACACCCCUUAAUGUCAGAGGUGCUCAGAUCCACAGCCCAGCUUCCCUGUACAUUCAUCUUCUGCUUUAACGGGGAGGUUCUCCCAAACAAAACCACCUCUCUGCUGGCUGUUCACAGCUCCACUACGCUUUUUUUGUUCCUCACAGGUUACCUUAAGUGGCUCGGAAGGGUGUCCGAGCCUGCGAAGGGUUUUCCUUUAAGCUGUGUGCUGCACGCGCUUUUGAAGCUUCCUGGAGUGCCGUGGCCCCGACCUGCGCAGGAUGGACCCUGUUGUUCUCAGUUACAUGGACAGUUUGCUGAGGCAGUCGGACGUUGCCUUGCUGGAGCCCCCGAACUGGCUUAACGAUCACAUCAUCGGGUUUGCCUUCGAGUACUUUGCCAACCACCAGUUCCAAGAAUUUAGCGAUCAGGUUUGUUUUAUCAGCCCCGAAGUGGCUCAGUUCAUUAAAUGUGCCCUUAGUCAGGAAGAAAUAGCCAUAUUCCUUCAACCGUUGGACCUUCUCCACAAGAAGCUGGUGUUCUUGCCUAUCAAUGAUAACUCCAACCAAGUCGCUGGGGGCACCCACUGGAGCUUACUGGUUUAUUUCAGGGACAAAAAGUGCUUUGCCCAUUAUGAUUCCCACAGUAAAUGCAACACGGUCCACGCCAAGCAAGUGGCGGGGAAGCUGGAGGCCUUUUUGGGCAAAAGAGGGGGCAAAGCAACCUUCAUGGAGGAGAAGGCGCCUGCCCAGCAGAACAGCUAUGACUGUGGGAUGUACGUGAUCUGCAACACGGAGGCUCUGUGUCAGGGAUACUUCAGGGGCCGGCCGGAGCCUUUGCUGCAGCUCCUCACCCCCUCCUACAUCACGCAGAAGAGAUCGGAGUGGAAAGCUCUUGUCACGAAACUGGCACAGAAGUGAUCGAGAUGUGGCUCCAGCCCACCCACACCCCCCCCCCCCCAAAAAGCUGCCUUCCCCGUGCGUGAGGCAGCACCCCCAGUGCCUGAGGGAGAUGCCCAUGCACAGGAUUGUCCCAAAGAAGAAGAAUGUAACCCCUCCAGCAUGGCUACCCCCCCCCAAACACCCUCUUCCCUCCUGGAAAAGCCUUAGUCCCCUCUGGAAAUCACUAGCCUUGGAACCUCUAAAGAGAAAAGUCACUUUGCUUUCAGAGAAAUCCUCCUCUCCACGGUGAAUUUUUACACUGAUUGCUGUGGCUAAAUGGGUUGCAAAAGAGACUUUUCUGCCUUUGCCCAGCAGGCAACGUGCCCUCGUUAGGUGGCUGUAAUUGGCUACAGGCAUUGCUGUUCUAAGCCAGGUUUAGCGAAUGCCCUUUAAAACCAAGCCCCAAAAUGCUUUGUCAUGGCUAUUUCUCAUCUGGGCCUCCCACCAGCGGUAGCGGAACAGUCUAGGCUUUAGCAGCAAGGAUUUUUACCCCUGAAAACCCGACACUGAGAUGUCGACGUGAAAAGAUGAAACUCCAAAUGAAAUGCUACAGUUAAUUAAAGAACGGAGGGAAAAAAAAAAAAAAAAGCAAAAAGCAUCAUUUUUUUUUUCAGAUAGGUGCUCCUAGGCUGUAUGGUGAUAGCUUUUUUUUUUGUGUGUGUGUCCCACCCCUGCUUGCUCUUACUACAAAUUAAAACCUGACUCCGAACUGCUGGAAGAUUAAUAGGAAGCUGAGAAACCGAAUCCUAGGAAAGGAAACUUAAUUGAGAUGAAAAGCAACACUCAGUCUUUGAAGGUUUGGGUUUUUACAUUACAAUUUUAGGUCAUCUCCAUUUGGGGAGGGUUCUUCAGCGCUCCCCAGCCCUCGUUAGCAUUUGCUGCACUUGGAGUGUGUGAGGCAGUCGCUGCUUCCUCUAGCACAAAACCAGUUCUGUUACUCGAGAUAAAAAAAAACACACCAAGGAGAACAAAAGGACAGAGUUUGAGGUAUAAAAGCCAAAGAUAACUGUGGUCUCCUUGAAGCCCAGUAAAUCCUUAAUACACUUCUAAUUGAAACUCUUUUCCUCCUGUACUGGAUGAUGGCUGGGACCUCAGAGCAGAUCCUCUCAUUAAAAAACUGGCUUAGCAAUGCGGAAAAUAAAAAUUAAAAUGAGAUGUCGUGGCAGGAUAAGGAAUAAUCUCUAACCUCAUGAGAAGCAAAGAGCAGGUUGCUCAGGUGGUGUCUGGCAGAGCAACCACGCCCCAGCACGCCAGCUGGAUCAGGGAAAUCCAGGUUAAAUAUAACCCUUGGAAAAGGAAAAGGGGGAAGGAUUAUUUUUAACCCGGAGCUCUUCACCCAUCAUGUUGCCUGCCCAGCCCCGCCGGUGCGCGUACCGGCACAGCACCAAGGUGAUGAACUGCAGGAAGGGCUUGAACUCCCCUUGUUGCUAAGAAGAAGGUAAGUAGCCGCAAGCCCGGCUCUUCCAAAACACCCAAGCAAACACACACGGAUAGAGGUGGGGCAAACAAGGGUCGGGGUCAUUCCCCUCCUUCCUAGGCUGCCAGGGCCUCCCUCCAGCACCAGCCCUCCCCAGAAAACCCCUUCCACCGCUCGGAUGGAGCUGAAAACCCAAGAGAUGGUUGAAACGGGAUCGAGCCGCUCGCCAAAGGGGAUUCACCUUGGACACAGUGGGGCUUUGCCAGAACAAUGUCACUGCCGCUCCCGGGCCCACAAUAAAACUCCAACCAAACCUGGCGCUUGGCAGCAACGGCCCAUCUUCUGUGUAGGUACCUGGGAACAAGGGGGGUGGCUCCCCCUGCUUCACCCUUUCUGGUUCUGCAAAUCUAUCGCGACGGUUGUGACUGGCGGGCAGAGCCUCGGGGUCUCGCAGCGGCUGCUUGGCCGCUCCGCGCCCUGCAGCGGGGGAAACCGGGCAGAAAUCGCCCCCGGAGAGCCAGCGAGCCCGGGGACAACUCCACCACGCCUUGGGUGGUAGCAAGGUGGCUGCAGAGGCUGGUUUAAUCUCUUAUUCCUAUUUUUAGGGGGUCAGUUUGGCUGCGCUCGUCCGGCGGGCACCCCGUGCUCCUCAUCCCCAUCUCCAAGGGACAGGGUAGGGCUGCCAGGGCCAGCAAGGUGAGCACUCAAGGACGUUUUCUGCACCCAAGGCUUUUACGUGGCAUUUCUUUACACAAAGUAAAACAAAUAAGCUCGAGCAGGGCGUCACCGGGAGAGCAAAUACGCGCUGGCCAGGCAGGCAAACACCAUUGGAAAAUAAAACUGGAGGCUUGCAAGAGGCUCACGGCAGUAGGGACACCCCGAACCACACCCCGGGCUCCUCCAAACCUCCUCCACGUCAACCAACUGCACCCCCAGAUUGUCCCACCCUGAUUUUAACCAAAGAGCUCCAGGAGGAGCUGAGGUAGCUGUCACCCCCAUCACACGCCUGGCCUGGGCUUGGCAUGGGGAUGAGGGACCCUGUGUGCCUGCUUUAUAUCAGGUGGCAUGGAGCACCCAAAAAACACCAGGCUGGGAACAGGAGAGCGAGAAAAAAAUAAAAAACCAAACCCAGU